CUCCCGGUCACCGGGUGCCGCUGUAACUGUCCUCCCGGUCACCGGGUGACGCUGCAGCGGGUACGCAUUUCUAAUAUGGCGGAAUAUGCCUGUGUGAAGAGCACGAAGCUGGUGCUGAAAGGGAUGAAAAGCGAGAAGAAGAAGAAAAAAAAAGGGAAAAGAAAGCUAGAGGAGGAGGAACAGGUGCUUGAUAUCAUUGGAGGAUGGUGGGCAGUUCGAAAUUUUGGAGAAAUUACAGGCACUGUGGCAAUAGAGAUGGGCACAGGGACUUACAUCCGUGCUCUCGACAAUGGUCUAUUUACACUUGGAGCACCGCAUAAAGAGGAUAAUGAAACCCCUGAUCCCCCAGAGCAGUUAACAGCUAUUAAAUUAUCUGAAACGAGAAUAGCGCUGAAGUCUGGUUAUGGCAAAUAUAUGGGAAUAAAUUCUGAUGGUGUCGUAACUGGGCGAUCAGAUGCAAUUGGGUCAAGAGAACAGUGGGAGCCAAUUUUUCAGGAUGGGAAGCUGGCAUUGAUGGCAUCAAACAGCUGCUUUAUCUCUUGUAAUGAUGAAGGUGACGUUAUUGCAAAGCAAAAAACAGCAGGAGAGGGGGAGAUGAUAAAGAUCCGUUCCUGUGCAGAUAUUGUAAUAAAGGCAAAAGAUGAGCUUUUAGAUGAAGACAAGGGCAACGUGAAGCAAUGUGAAAUCAACUAUGUAAAGAAAUUCCAGAGUUUUCAAGACCAUAAACUUAGAGUAAAUGUAGAGGACAGUAAACUACUGAAGAAAGCCAGGCAAGAAGGUACUUUCCAUGAGGCCCUGCUAGACAGGCGAUCCAAGAUGAAAGCUGACCGAUAUUGCAAAUGAAGCAAGGAUGUUAUCUUGGUAUUUUCACUGGCUGUGUGAUUAUAUUUUUUUAUCUCCAAGGUUACUUGUGUUCACACACAACUGGCAGUGCUGUAAAACCAGCAGCUAUAUGUAAUGUAAACCUGCCAUUUUUUAAUUUCCAUUUUACUUUUGAAGGGUGUGUUAUGUUGAUAGCCUUAAAUGUAGAUUAAUUCUAUUGUAAGAAUGAACUGCAUAUAUGUUACAUUCACUUUCUUUGUAGUGAUCUAGUGUGUUACAUUCCCACUAAGUCUUUACUUGGAGUCUUUACAAGGAAGUGAAGAAUGAAAGGCGAGCUCAAGCAAAGAAUCUUUGCCAGAGUGAUAUAAAAUGUAUUGUUCUGUGUGCAACAUUUAUAAUGCCUUAAAUUGGUUCCAUUAUUAACUCCCUCAUUUCACAUUUGCUGAUUCACAAUCCAUGCUGUUAUCUUGUCAGUGAUUGAAGUCUUAAAUUUGGGGUGCAGACAAACCACCAAAUGUCAAAAAGCUCAGUGUAUUAAACAUGUAUAAAAUUAACUUGUGCAUAAAAUGAACAUGAAGCUG